GUCACGUCACACGGAACCGGCCACUGAACAGACUGGCCCCUAUCAGCUCGCACCGCGUCGCGAUGCAACGCGGCAGCGUCGAACCCGCUCGGGCUGUCUGCGCUCCGGAAGAGCGCGCAAGGAGACGCGUCGCUCACCUUUGCAGUGUCUGGCGGCGCGCCGCUGUCCUCCGCAGUCACUCAGCAGGCCGGGGGUCCUGCGCCACCCGGGGUUGGCCUUGCAGAGCUGUCGGCCCGGACCUUGGAACGCCGCUGCUGCUGCCACCGCCGCCUGCAACUGCACGGACCGUCGCGAGACCCGCACGAGCGGAGGCCGCCUCUUCCUCUUCGACACGCCAGGUACCAAGAUGCUCAAGGUGACGAACCGUGUCGACGGUCGCUGGGAUAUUGCGGCGCUGGCCGGACUGGUCAGCUUCUUUGGCAUCGCCACGAAUAGAAACUCAGGGUGGUUUUUCGUGGCCUUCAUGGAAGACUUCCAGGUAGACCGAGGAAGCGCCUCCUGGCCAAAUAGCGUGUUGACCAUCAUGUUUAGAUCGUCAGGCCUUCUUGUUGCGUUCCUGCAAAGGUAUAUGUCCCUCUUCCACAUCGGUCUCAUUGGGAGCAUCUUCCUUUGGGGUGGCAUCAUAGCGUCAGUGUUUUCACCGAACAUUGCUACCGUAACGGUCACUCUUGGCCUCCUGCACGGGCUCGGAGCAGGACUUGUUUUGAUGUGCAACCUUGUGGAAAUCAUGCAGUACUUUCAAAAGUACCGUGGCAUUGCUUCCGGCCUUAAGUUUGCUGCCGACCCCACCAGCGCCAUUGCGUUCCCAGCGUUGCUGUCUUACCUGAGGUCCAUGUAUGGUUUGCGUGGUACAUUACUCAUAUACGCAGCCCUCACUAUGCACGUGACGGCGUUCUCAAUCGUCCUCAAGGAGCCCCCUUGGAUGACACGUGGCGCGAUGGCAGUGGAUGCACCACUUUCGAGCCCACCACGCAGGGAAACGCGCCGAAAUCACAGUAGCUUAGUUAUAAAGAUUCGGCAUACGAUGGAACGCACACCGCGAGUACUUCUCACGCCCAGCUUCUAUGCUGCCGUGUUGGGGUCCGUGUUGCUGGACUACGUGAACGCCGUGCACUUGUCAACUCUAGUAGACUACGCCCUUGACAGAGGUGUAUCUCGGGCGCACGCGGAGUUAACGGUCACGUACGCUUCAGCGCCCGAGAUAGUCGGACGAGUCCUACUGCCGCUGAUCGCCGAUGUGGGCCUGGUGAGCCGACCGGCUCUCACGGCGGGCAACAUGGUGGCACUGGGCGCCUUUCUCGCCGUGACGCCGGAGACCAGCGGUGCCACACACGUGGUCCUGCGAGCAGCAUCGUCGCUGGCUCUCGCUACGCUGAUGACCAUGAAGCACGUGCUGGUGGCCGACUACUUCGGCACGGACGCCGUCGCCCUCCUGUCCGGCGCUUCUGGAGUCCUCCUGGUUCCCGUGCUGCUCAGCAACCCCGCCAUUAUAGGACAUUUCCGGGAUGCGAGUGGUGCCUACGACAAUCUCUACAGAAUACUGGCUGGGAUGGUGCUUGCUAUGGCGGUCGCAUUUCUGGGAUUCAUGUGUUCCUCUAGAAAGUUUGUCUCACUACCCACUGACGACAUUCAAGAGGACUAAAUAUCGUCGGUUGUCUGCCU